ACCCGCUUUACUACUAUUAUUAUUUUCUUACUGGAUCAAAAUCUAAUCAAUACUCCCGUUCGCUUUAGACCUACUCAAUAUUGCUCGCAAACACUAACGGCAUUUCUCUUGAUUAAAUAAUUUUCACUGACAGAUAAGCGUGCAGGUUGACCUCGAUAGCCGGACCGUUAUAUUUCGAUGAGGUCGCACGCCAGCAUCCGGAAUCGUGGCCGCAGGAUGAAAGGAUACUCGUGGUGGAAGCGCGCAUGAAAACGCUCGAAAACCGGCCUGAAAUGACGUAGCCAGUGGAUCGCUGGUGGAUCACCCAGGCAGGCAGGCUCGCGUGUGCUUAAAUCAGUGUUGCUCACCGCCGUCGAUCCCCGCGACUAAUAGGCUAUAGUGAUUCACCGAUCGUUUAUCAGUCCGUGUUACCCGCUGGUCGUGGCAUUAAGUCGAAGAGAGAAGUGCGAGAGUGUCGACUGGUGAGGUGAGAAGAAUCGCCGGUUAACGAUGGUCGUCAAGAUCUACAUAUCGGGCAUCAGCGGUAACAAGGAAGUGAAAAAGAGGCAACAGCGGGUGUUGAUGAUAUUGGAUAGUAAAAAUGUACAAUACGAGACGAUUGAUAUAACGGAGCCUGGGAAGGAAAUGGAAAAAGAGUUUAUGCAAGCUAACAGUAUCGCGAGAGAAGAAGAUAGUAAAUAUCCGUUACCUCCACAAAUAUUUAACGAGGAAGAAUAUUGCGGGGAUUACGAAGAUUUCGAUUUGGCAAAUGAAGUAGACGAAUUGGAAGAAUUUUUAAAAGUGGCGCCGGCAGCAGGGGCUGAUUCGAAUAAGAGUAAAGAAAUCCAAGAAAAUGGAAAUACCACGAGUAGAGAGCCUUCCACAGACAAAGAUGCAGUUGCAGUGCAGCCCGAAAGUGUUGAAGAUAGGACAACUUUGUCAAGCGAGAAUGCACAGUCAGAUGAACCUAAAGAAUCUAUAGAAAAUGAUGGUGGAACAAAAAUCGAAGAUGAAACAGUAGAAAAUACCGUAGAAGAGAAUGUCGAAAAGAACGAAGAAAAAUCCGGCGACCAAGAGAAAGAAGAAUAGGUUCGAAGUAAGCCCAUAUGAUAGUGGGACAUUUUAUAUUUUCUUUUCCCCUCGAUUUUCCAUUGACAAGGGUAUUUUAUAAAAGCUAUAUUUAUCCUACUUCUAAGGCUGAGUGAAGGUACUGCCAAGAUAAUAUUUCUGCCUCGCAGAGAUUCUAUUGAACGAACAGUAUAAAUGAAGUAUAAGCUAUAAUUUUAUAGGAACGUUUUAUAUUUUGCAAUCGAGCAUGUUUUCACCAUCAAAUUUUAUCGAUAGGUCUGUCUAUAGAUGAUAAUUACUUCUCGCCGCUUCCCCGUUAUCAGUAGAUGAUACAAAUUUUUUAAUUUCUUAUGUCGACAUUUUACAUUGUUUGUACUGUAUUUUUAAUUCUUAAACAGAGCUCUAACAACGCGCUAGGGGUAAUAAAUUUUUCAGUAUUGAGAAAAUAUAUAAUUUCUCGUCCCGCUACUCGCUGAAACAGUUACGAUCAAUUUUAUAGUCGUAUCAUGAUCUGGCGUUUAAUUUGUAUUCUCGUCCAAACGUUUUCCAUUUUUACUACGGAGUGACUUCCAUUUUUAGAAAUUUUUGACAAAAGAUAUCGACUCGAUUCAGCGUUUGUCUUUAUACAAGAUUUUUAAGAGCAUAGUUUCGCGUCGUGCAAUUGUAUAUAUAUAUAAGUUCGGACAGUACAACACUCAGUUUUGCAUGAAAUGCAAUUCUUACAAAAGACGUGACAAAAUUUUAGUUAGACUAGGUAUCGAUAUCGCAAUGACGUUUUAUCCGUCGGGCGCGUCCUAAAAUAAUUAUCGAUAUCACUUCCAACAAAGUUAGGAUUAAUUUAGGACAGAUUUAUCAGCUCCGCGUGGUACGUUCGACAAAAUUGCGGAUUAAUUUCUUAUAUUUAUAAACUAAUUCGUACGCAGAUAAUUCCCGGAUAAAGGACUAAGGAUAGAGUAACGUUAGCAAUAGCCGGUUUACAUUUCUCAUGCUGAAAACAUUUACUUACAGGAUAAAAAUUAGUAAAAUACAAGGAAUUCUUAAACCCUUUCAUCAAAGGCCUAUUGUUUCUAUUUAGAACAAAAACAAAUUCAUAUCGUAAAUAUCUUACUAUGCAACUCGUUCGAACAGCUUGACAUAGUUUCUUUUACAAAUAUACUCACUUACCGACCAAAUAAUAGACGGGUAUCAAUCACGAACAAAUUCGAGCUUUACGCAAGUGUUAUGAACCAUGUUGCUUUGUUACGAGCCGAGGAAAAUGAAUGUAUACAUUAUUAGAAGUUCAUAACGCUAUAUUUAUGCACGAGAUGAUAAGCCUGACUAAUUUUAAUACACCCAUCGUACUGUGGCUUUUGAUUAGAAAAAUAUUUGCAAUCGUUAGGAAUCAGACUAGGAGAAUAGAAAUAAAAAGAGCUUUAAAUGGCACGCAUAAGAAUUGAUAUAAUACAAGAUCGUUCCUUUACCAGUGAAUUCAAAGGCAGCAUCGCUUUUCAUAUUUUCAAUAUACGCACACAUCAGCUUUGGGUUUGUUCCCCAUUAGUGAAAAUGUGAUUGACGGGUCGAAGUAUCACAGUUGUUGUACCUUCGAGUCGACUGGUCAAAGGAUCAAACUAUAUGUCCACCUCGUUCUUAUUAGAGAAUGGUAUGUUCGUGAGUAAUAGGUGUUGGACAUGAGCAUCACACGAGUUAAUAAAUUUUAACAUUAUAUAUUCGAAAUAUUAUAUUUACGAGAACAAUAUUCAUUAUAUACAUGAUACAUAUAUGAAUCAUGCCGAUCACUGUUACACGCAUAUAAAAAUUUACUAAUAAAUAUCAUGAUACAAGUUUAA